AUGGAGCUCCCCAAUUUAGGUCAGCAAUGCGCCCAUUCAAACUGCCAGCAGUUAGAUUUUCUCCCUUUACAAUGCAAAUGCGGCAAACAAUUUUGCUCGGAACAUUUCAACAAACACGUCCAAGUGUGUGAAACCUCAACGAAUGUUGAGGUAGAACCACAAAAAAUUCAAAACGUGUUCAAAUGCUCGUUCGAAAAUUGUCACGAAUCUAGUUUGGUCCCUUUGCUUUGCUCCACUUGUCGUAAACAUUUCUGUAUAAAACACCGGCAUAUCACCCAGUGUAGCGAGCCAGACGAGGAAACUCUCGCCCAAAAAAGGGAGAAACUGGCUGCGCCUGUGAGGCAGUUCAAUGAAGCUAAGAGCGCGGUUGAUAAACAAAUCGAGCAAAAUUUAAUCGCGGCGAAAAAGAAGGGUAAAAAUUUGGCAAACAAAGUACAACUCAUGAAAAUUAAAAAUAAAGCGAAGGGGUUAAAUAGUAUUCCAACUUCAGACCGCGUUUACUUCAAUGUUACACACCCUGAAACGGGGCACGUGACCCCCGUUUUCGUUUCAAAAAUUUGGAGUUUGGGGCGCGCAAUCGAUGCAAUUGCAAGUGAGUGUAAAUUGAGGAAUGAUAAUAACAAGAGUGGUGAAAAAAAAUUAAGAUUGUUUAAACAAGAUAGUGGUGAAAUUUCGAAAAAUCUGGCGGACGGUCUUGAAAAACUGAUCAGUGAUGGUGUUAUUAUGGAUGGGGAAAAUCUUAUAAUAACUUAUGUAGAUGAUAAUUGAAUAAAUUUUUCAAUCAUA